AUGUUUCUGGUCAACAUUGGCCUUUCUCUCAUUGUGGCAUUCAUCAUCAUUCGAAAGGUGCUGUUCCCCGCACCAGAGGUGAUUGAGGAGGACGAAGGCGAGCAGCUGCCUCCUCUGGUCUUCACCUCCUAUACCCCCCGAACUCUGGCCAAGUUUAACGGCACCGACGAUCCCCGAGUCCUCAUGGGAGUCAAGGGUAAGGUCUACGACGUGACUGCAGGCAAGAAGUUCUACGGACCUGGGGGUCCCUAUGAGAAUUUUGCCGGUCGAGACGCUUCUCGAGGACUGGCCAAGACCUCUUUUGACCCAGCCAUGCUCACACCCAUUGACCAGCCUCUCGACACUCUCGCUGAUCUCGAGAACCACGAGCUGGAGACUCUGGACAAGUGGGAAAUGACUAUUGAGGCCAAGUACAUCCAUUGCGGAGUUCUGGAGAACGAAAAGGCAUAG